AUGAAAUCAAUCCUUAGAAUUAGUACCCGGAAUGUUUUCCUUUCCCUUCAUCGAUGUUUAUCAACCAAUCUGAGCACACCAUGGCGAACAGCGUAUGGAGGUAAAUACACCAUAACAUUGAUUCACGGUGAUGGGGUCGGACCUGAACUGAUGGAACAUGUCAAAGCAGCGAUAAGAUGUGUCCGAGCACCGAUUGAUUUCGAAGAUAUUCCACUGUCGAGCAAUGUCGCAAGUGAUGAGUUAUUCGAACAAGCAAUUACUGCUGUUCGACGGAACGGAGUGGCACUUAAAGGAAAUAUUUCAUCACAAAAUUUAUCUAGAUCGCUCAAUGUUCUUCUUCGAACUCGUUUGGAUCUUUAUGCGAAUGUUAUUCGAUGUAAAACAAGCCCGGUGGUACCUACGCGUCAUUCUGACAUUGAUAUUCUUGUGGUACGCGAGAAUACUGAAGGAGAAUAUAGUUCACUUGAACAUGAAUCUGUACCCGGUGUUGUUGAAAGUUUAAAAAUUAUAACUCGAGCAAAGUCUGUGAAAAUAGCCCGUUUUGCUUUCGAACUCGCCAAACAUCAUGAUCGAAAGAAGGUCACGGCAAUUCACAAAGCAAACAUCAUGAAACUAAGCGAUGGAUUGUUCAUCGAUUGCUGUCGCGAAGUCGCAGCGGAAUAUUCCGAUAUCAAAUUUGACACCAUGAUUGUUGACAAUACUUGUAUGCAGUUGGUCAAUCGUCCGACUCAAUUCGAUGUGAUGGUUAUGCCGAAUUUAUAUGGAAAUAUUGUAGCAAAUGUCUGUGCGGGACUUGUCGGAGGCUCAGGUUUUGUUGCUGGAUCAAACUAUGGCGAUCGUUAUGCGAUUUUCGAACAAGGAACGCGAAAUACAGGAAUUGGUAUUGCAGGAAAAAACAUCGCAAAUCCUUCGGGGAUGCUCUUCGCUGCAGCAAAUAUGCUGAAAUUCUUAGGUCUGGAUGAGCAUUGUUCGGUUAUAAAGAAAGCGGUUUUAACGACAAUUCAAGAACGGAAAUUGAAAACGCCGGAUAUCGGAGGAUCAGCGACGACAACAGAAUUCGUUCAAAGUGUUUUGAACGAAAUUGCGCAAAUGACACCGACGAUUGGUUUUGAUUAUCAAAUGCAGAAACGACAAAAUGCAUUUCUUUAUAAAAAUAUCGAUUAA